AUGAACAUAUUUUUACAGUUAUCUAAUUUAGUACUAAUAGUUGUAGGAUAAUACUCAAGGUAAAAUAUUUAUUUAAGAAAAUCAAGUUAGUAGAAGGAUGUAGGUUGUAUUGAAGAAACAAUUGCAGGAUGUUAAAAAUUAUGCGUUUUAGGAGUAGAAGAUUGCAGUUCUUUAAUUCCUAAAUGUGAAUAUGGUUACUUUUUAUUUACAUUAGGAGCUUCUGAAUCAAAGCGUCCAGAAUGUGUUUAAUGGUAAUAAAAUAAUAAAUAUCAUAGCCCUUAUUAUCAGGUUAAUAUAAAUUCUGACUUAGUGAAUUAUUGUAUGGAUUGUUUUGAAGAUCCAUAUGGAUGGGAAUUUAGUAGGAAAUGUACGUAUGAUUAUGAAGUUGGAAAUGGUAAGUUAGGGUAAGGAACUUAUCAGAAAAUAGAAAGAGAUUAUCCUGAAUUAUUUUUUGUUGGUAAUUCAAUAUCAUAGGGAAUUUGGACAGGAAUGAUAGGAAGAGAAAGAUAAAUGAAAUAUGCCGUUUAUAUAUGCACAGGCUGUAAAGACUUUUGCAAGAUUCCUGAUGAAAGUACAUGUUAUACUCUUGGUCAUGAUUAUUAAAAAGUAGAUUUUGAUAAGAUCGCAGUGGAAUGCGUUGAAGGAUACUAUAUGAAGAUAAAUACAUGUGAAAGUUGUUCGAUUAAAUAUUGCAGUAAAUGCAGUAGUAUUGUUGGCUCUGGUUAGACUGAUAAAUGUGAAUUAUGUUAAGAUGGAUAUAGAUUGAGUGAAUAGACUAAAAGUUGUAUACAAUGUACAAACUAUUGCAGUGUAUGUUACACAGUUAUCAAUGGAAGCACAGAAUAUUAAAAAUGUAGAGCUUGCAAUGCUGGUUAUAUACCUAGUUUAGAUUUAAAUACUUGUGAAGGAUGUGAAGCUAAUUGUUUAAGAUGUGAAUAUGUUUCAAUAGCUAAUGAUGAUAUUUAAUAUCCAACUAGAUCUUUUUUAGAAAUAGGAACUGAAUUUAAAGAUAAUUACGUUAAGAUUUGUAGACAGUGUCAAUAAAGCAAUGAUAUUCUAUAUUAUGAUGGUUAAUUAUGUGUGCCCUCUUAAAUUAGUAAUUGUGAUAUAGGAUAUUAUUAAAUAUCACUUAAAGCAACACCUACUAAAAAGAGAAAUACUAUAGAUCUUGAUUUUUAACCUUAUAAUAGGGAAACAGAUUCAGAUCCUGUUAGCAUGUGUUUAUAUUGCAAAACCAAUUUUGUUUUGUCAGAGGAAGGAACUGCUUGCUCUGCUGUAAUUGAUGCAAAGAAAAUAUUGAACUGCAUUUCCCAUUAGUUAAUUGGUACCAAUUAUAAAUGUAUUAAAUGUUCAUCAGUAUUAAUUUAAGUUAAUUUUAUAGGGAUAUUCUUUAGAUACUUAAUAAGGAAUGUGUUUCUUAGGAUGCAGUGAUUAAAUAGAUAAUUGUUCAUAUUGUAUUUCAUAUGAUAGUCCAUCCGAUGAUAUUGUCACUUACUAUGAUGCAACUGGAACGUAGAAAACAGGAGAUACUUAAAAAGUUUAUUCUUGUUUGGUUUGUGAUGAAGGUUUCUAUGCUGAUUUCUUUACUAAUGCUUGUUUACCUUGUCAAUCAUAUUGUUCUUCAUGUUCACAAUACAAUUAAGAUUAUAAUUUUACUAGUUUCAUUUUAUAGAGAAUUGUUAUGGAUGCAUUCAAAAAAUCAAAAUAUUUAACCACUAGUCUAGAAGAACCAUUCUGUUCAUCAUGUACUACAGGAUUUUCAAAGUAUGAGAAUAAAUGUGUUGGAUGCACUAAAAAUUGUGUCAUUUCAAAUCCAAGUUAAGUGGCAAAUAAUCCAUUAACUUCAUUGUUGAAUGCUUGUGAAUAUCAAAGUGAUGGAGCUUAUUGUGGAUAAUGUUUCAAUUAUUAAAGAGAUAGAUCUUUAAAUUCAGAAUUAUCAGAAUGUUAAACAUGUCCAUAUUUAUGUAAUGCUUGCAGAGAUAGAACUGAAGAUGAACUCAAUAGAGUCAAUUAUUAUUUUUCACCCUCCAAUUCUAUUUUGUAAAAAUACAGCAGAUUGUGUUAUGUAUAUCAUUAACAUGUAGCAUUAAAUAAAUAAGUUACAUAUGAUACAUACUUAAAUAUGCCAGUUCAAUGUGACUAUGUUUCAGGUAAAAGUAAAAAGUGUGUCUAAAAUGCCCAAAUUGACAUUAAAUUAUAUUGUAGCAAUUCUGAAUACACAACAGCUUAUGCAUAGGCAUCCAGUGCAGAUAAACCAUAUAUCUUUAGUUUAAGUUAUUUCUACUCUAUGUCUGCAUCAUCAAUUUAUCCUACUAAUAUUACCUUGCAUGGCAUUGAAACUUUGACUCUCUAUAAAUAACUUAAUGAAAAAGUUAUCACUUCUCUUAUUUUAAAUAUCUAUUUAAUUAGCUAAUCUAAACAAUGCAAUUUUGAUUCAAGUACUAAUUUCAUUUUUGAAUUAUAAAAGAAUGUUUUUUCAAUUAGAUACUUCUAUGUCAAUAUCAUUGGAGAAACAGAUUCUACUAAGUCUCCUCUAACUAUUAUGUUAGAUGGAUUGAUAAGUAUUCCAUGGUCUGACUAUCUGACUAUUAAAGGUAUUGAAAUUAAAGCUUCAACUCCUAAUAGUACAUAUCCUUAUACUGGUUUAAAUAUUUCUUAAAAUGUUAAAACUAAGUUGAGUUUAGAAAACUUUAAACUUACUAGAGAUAAAAAGUAUGUAAAUUUGGUAUUUUUUGCUGAAAACAUUGAUAUGAUUAAUUGGAAAAAAGUAACUUUCACUGGCUUGUCGUCAACUGAUCUCUUUUCACUAACUUAUCCUUUACAAAACAUAGAUACAGUUAAUUAUAUAUUUGAUGAUGUGAAAUUUGAUUCAUGUGAUUUUGAAGAUACUGUUCUAUUUUCACCAACUUCCAAUUCUAAAGUUCGAUCAAUCAUUUAGAGUAUUGGAACUUUAGGAAUGACUUUUCAUAAAUGCAAAUUAACGAAUACAGUAAUUUUUGGGGAACCAGAAGGCUCGCCUGUAAAUAGUGGGUUAAUAGAUUUUGGAAAAGUAGUUUUUAAGUUCACUAAAUUCACAAAUAGUUGGUUCAUAUAUUUAAAAUCUUAAAACAAGACAAUAAUAAAUAACAUUGAUGUAAUUAGAUGUAAUUUUACUGAAGGUUCAAAACUUGUUUAAUCAAAUUCAUUUUAUUUAAGAAACAUUUAUUCAUUGAACAGUACAUUUUAUACAGAAAGUCGCUUAUUUUCUAAUAGUUAUAAAGUAAUAGAUGAAUUAUAUGCAUCUUUAGCAUUAUAAUAUUAUUCAUUUAGUAAUGUAAAAUUAAUAAAUUCAAUCUGCUUAACACCUAUAUGUUUUAUUAAGAUUUCAACGCCUAUAAAUAAUUAUUAAUAUUUUACGAAUGUAUCUUUGUAGGAUUUCUAUAUUGAAUAAACAAAUUCAAUGAAAUUGACUGAAAAAAAAUCAAAUUCUAUAUUGUCUGCAUUAAUAUUGAUGACAACAGUUUAAAAGAUAUAAAUUUCAAAUUUUUAAUCUUUGAAUAAUUUUGGUAUUACUCAAAUUGCAGCAUAUAAAAUUUAAUCCUUACGAUUAGUCGAUGGUUUAUAUGAUUGGAGUUAAGAUCAAUAUUAUGCAUUUAGAUUGAAUCCAACAAAUAAUAGGAUUCCAACAAGCAAAGAUUGUGCUGAUAGAAAAACUGAAUUUAAAAGUUAUAAUGAACAUUUCCUAUAUAUAGCAGAUUUCGAUAUAGGAGUAAUGAUUGAAAAUGUAAUAAUGAGAAGAUUGUUAUCAAUAGACACAAAUUUUAUAUAAAUAUAAUCUUGGGAUGCUGAAUAAUUUAAUACUACUAGUGAUGUACCAAUAUAAGAUGAUGGUUAAUUUUAUGAUGAAACUACUAGAGAAUUGAUAAUAUUAAAAAAUAUUAAAUUAAUAGGAAACUCUUUGACAAUAACAGAAUCUGGAACAGCAAUAGGAUCAAUUUAUAUUGAAUCUGGACAGGAUUAAGAUAUAACAAUAGAGGAUUGUGAAUUUGGGUAGAAUCAUUUACAUUCUUUAAUUAGUGAUCAAUUAUCUCCUUCUUCUCCAAUAUUUGUAAUUCAUGCUCCUUUAUCAUUUCUUGAAAUAAAGAAUAGUAUUUUUGAUAAUAAUCGAGCGACCAGAGUACAUAAUAGUAUCAUUUAUGUGAUUACUUACUCUAUCAAGAUUAUCAAUUGUAAAUUUAAAAAUACAAAUAUCAGAUAAAAAGAGUGGGUUUAUAGAUUAGAAGAAUAAUAAAUAGUUAAUUACACAUCCACUGAAUCAGAAGAGAAUGAUAUCAUAACAAUACUUGAAUAGUUCUUUCCAAUAUACAGUAUAGGAGGAAAUAUGUUCAUAAAAUCAGCAAAUACUGAAAUUGAGAAUUCUAUAUUUGAUAAAGCCUAAGCCAUAUAAGGUGCAGGUCUAAUAAUUUAAACUAUCGAUGCUGGUAAUAUAACUAUAAUAAAUACUUAAUUCAUAAGAUAAUAUAAUAGUUUACUUAAUCAAUAUUCUUCUAAUGGAGGUUGUUUAUAUAUUGAUUCAUCUAACUCUAAAUUAAGUCUUAUAAUUGAUAGAGUUGAAAUGCAAGAAUGUGUGACAAGAUUAGAUGGAGGAUGUUUAUAUAUAAAUCCUUCCACUUAUUAAUCAUCUGUUGAUAUAAGCAAUUCAAAAUUUAUAAGUUGUUUAGGUCUUAAAACAUCAGGUAUAUAUAUGCCAUUCUCAACUUCAUCUCCAUCAUUGCCAAGUGUUAGUAUUACUAAAUCAUCCUUUUCUUAAAAUAACAUUGGAAAUUUCAUUAGAAAUAUACCUGAUAUAACGAAUAUUGAUACUCAAUUUCUAUAUACUAAAUCAACUAUUUUAUAUUAGAGUUAUGGCCAUUUUACUCUUACAUCAUCUAUCUUUAAGGAAAUCAAUUUUGUUGCUAUCUUAAUUUUAGAUGAAAUGGUUGAAGUUGAAAUCAAUGAUGUGACAAUCUCUAAAAAUACAAUUUUUAUAAAUAGUAUUAUUUCUAUUACUUUAUAUGACGUUUCAGGAGUUAUAACUUUAACUUCUACUAAAAUUUUAGAUCAUAUCUAAUUUGAUUCUACAACCAACACUAACUGCAAAGAAAAAAAUUAUUAUGUUAAAUAUGUUACUGAAAAUGUAUUAUAUGAACAAACAUGUUUGGAUGUAGAAACAUUAGAUUCAAGUUUUAGAUCUGAAGGUUUACCUAAUAUUUUAUAUCAGAAAAGUACUGAUACAAAUUCAAUGUAUUUUGCAGAUUUAGAUACUUUUUAUAAUUCACUAACUGAUGCUUUAAAAUAUUAAGUUGAUAGACCAGAUUCAAAUUUAGAUGUUUCUCAUUCCUUAUAAGAUAAUAUUAAUUUAAAUUUAAUAUUUCGAAUUUUUACAACUUUUUCAGAUGAAGAAAAUUUAGAAUUUUUAGCUUGCUUCUUAGGAGAAAUUUUAGAAAAUUAUUAUGAUUAAAAUUCUGAAAUAACGACUAGUCUAUUUAAAUUAGAAUCAGUUACAAAGGACUAAUAUUUAACUAUAGAAUAAGUUACAAUCGAAAAUAAUAAAUGUUUGAGAUGUGAAAAUGGUUUAAUAUAAAUUUUAACAAUUCAUUAGGAAACCUAUCCUGUGAUUGAAAUAAAAGACUUUCGAUGUCUUUCUAAUUCGGCUGGUUAUUAUGGAUGUUUAGUAUUAACAUAUGAUAAUGAGAUAAAUGAAGUUGAAUAAUCAAUUCCAUUAACUGAUUAUUCAUUAUCUAAUUCCAAAAGACUUCUUACAGUAGUAGAAGAUUUGCUUAAAUUAAAAAAUGUUAUUAUCAUUUCGUAAUCCUCAUUUAUUGGAAACUCUGCCAAAGUUGGAGGAGGACUUUCAAUUAUUGGUUUAGAUGCUUUGAUAAUUCAUUCUGAAUUUAUUGAUAAUUAUGCCAGUUUAAUGGGAGGAGCACUUUAUUAUAAAAGUACUACUUAUAAAACUACUAGUACUGCUUUAAAUAUAGCUGAUAAUACAAUAGAAGGAAAUAUAGCUUAAUUAGCUGGAGGUAUGUUUAUUUCAGGAGGAUCUAUUGGUAAUGUUACUUCUAUUGAAAUCUUCUUUUAAAAUAAUGAUGGACUAUUAAGAGGAGAUAAUCUUGAAGAAUAUCCUUAGAGUUUAACCUUGUCUAUGAGAACUAAUUAAUUUCUAAAAACUAUCACUUUUUAAGAUUAUGAUGGUGAUGUUAAUAAUGAUGGAUUUAUUGAUAGUUCUAAAAGCACUAUUAUUGAUAUCAUCUCAUUAGAUUCAUAUCAAUUAUUUAAUUAUAAAGAAUCUACAACUUUUUUACUAUUACCAUCAGGUUAAGCUAUUAAUUCUUAUAAAUAUUACUAUAUUGACACUGAUGAACAAGUACCUUAUGAAUGGUAAUUCAAAUUAAUCAAUCUGGAUAGAUAUAAAUAACCUAUGUCAAACAUACUCUAAACUGAAUCCUGUACUUUAUCAGCGAGAAUUAUGGAUACUAAUAAUUAUAAUACCUCCAAAGAAUUUUUAUCCAACUUUACAAACAAAUAAAUUGUCUAUUAUGAUUAAAGAGCUGGAGCUUUUGAUUUUGAUUCUUUAAUUGUUACUUUUGACCCUUAUUUAGAGGAUAAUUUAUUCCUGCAAUUAAGAUGUAAAUAUAUUUAUUUUCAUAUUUUUAGUUGUUUGUACAUCAAUAAAAAUUCCAGUUUACUAAACCAUAUCUCCAUAUAAGAUUUAAUCAUAUAAUUAAAAUUAUGCACUUUAUGUAAAUGUUAAAACAUUGCCAUGCUAGUUGGGAGAAGCUUAUUCUUUGUAAUAAUGUAAAGCUUGUACAAAAGCUGACAAAACAUACUCUGUUAAUGAAAAAUAAACCUAAUGUUAAGCAAUAGAUUCUUCUACAAUGGAUGAUGUAAGUCCAGUAGGCAUUAAAUUAAAAGAAGGAUAUUGGAGACCAGAAUUUGAUAGUGAAAUAAUAACGUAUUGUUUGAAUCUACCUGAAAAUUGUAAUGGAGGUUGGAAACCUGGAAAUCCUUCAUGUUAUACUGGUCAUAUGGGAGCCCUAUGUGAAUCAUGUGAUAUAUAUGGAGUAAGAGAUGAAUUUUAUUCUACUUCUGCUAAAUAUAAAUGUGGUCCAUGUGCUAAUACUUUAGCUGUUAAUGCUAUAGUAAUAACAGCAUUAUCUUUUGUAACUCUUUUUUCAAUGAUCUUAUCUGUGAAAGGAAAUUAUUAGAUGCUUGAAGAUUUUGUGAGAAUUUAAAAUAAAAAAGCAAUGGGUAUUAUUGUAUCUUCGUCAGAAAGUAAUCUAGCAAUUCUAAUUAAAUUAUUUACUAACUAUUUUUAAAUACUUUCAGCAAUAUCUACCUUUUAAAUUAAUUUAAGUGGAGGUAUCACAAAUGCUACUUAAGUUUUGGGUAAUCCAACUUAAUCGAUGGCUUACUCUUUAGAUUGUUUUUUAGUUACAAUGACUAAUGUUGAAAUACUGUAUUUUAGAUUGAUUUGGGCUAUAAUAAUGCCUAUUAUUUAUUUAUCUGUGUUUCUUUUUGGAUACUUUUUAGCUGUAUUACUUAAAAAAGUCGAUUUUAAAGAAGGUAUUAUAUAUACUGCUUUUAUUUAUAUGUUUUUAUAUCUCUAGCCAAAUUUAGUUGGAGGUUUUAUUGCAUUAGCUUCUUCUAGAGAAAUUGGAGGACUUGGAUGGGUUCAAGCAGAUGUUUUAUAUUAAUAUGAUACUGAUACUCAUUAUAUCUGGUUAGCUGGAUUUGUUGCUCCUAUGCUUAUUUGUUGGGCAUUUAUAUUUCCUUGUAUUUUUAUGUUUUUAGUAUAUCAAAUGAGAAAUCAUUUAGAUAAGGUUGAAAAUAGAAAAAAGUUAGGUUAUUUUUAUAAUGAAUAUACAAAUGAAGGAUAUCUAUGGGAAUUUGUUAAAAUUUUUGAAAAAGAAUUAAUUAUUAUAUUCUUAACAUUUUAUGAAGAUAGAGUUGUUGUUAAAGGUUUAAUCAUCUUUUUAAUUGUAUUCUUUUAUGGAGGAUUUACAGUUAGAUUUCAUCCAUAUUCAAGCAAAAGACUUAAUUUUAUUGAUAGAUUAUCUACAGCUAUCUGUGCAGCUUCUUUAUGUUUAGGUGUUUUAAUCUAUUCAUCAAUUAAAGAAGGACUUAUUUACUUAGAAAUAAUUAUGCUUAUAAUUGUAGCUCUUAUUAAUUUUGCAUUCAUUCUUCUUAUGAUUUAUUAUCUAUUCGAAGGAUAUCUAAUCAAGUUUUAGCCUUAACUUGAUAAAAUAAGAGAUCAAUUAAGAAUACAUCAUCCAGAAAUCAUGGAAAAGUACCCAUGGAGUAGAAAAAUGCUUUUUAACUAAGCAAAAAUGAAUGAGAAAGUUAAAAAGUUAUGGGCUACUCUAAGAUAUUAAACUAGAAAGGGAAUUAAAAGAAGAAGGUAAGAUCCAUAAGCACCUUUAUUCGUUAAUGAAAAUAUUGAUCAACCAAUUUUAUUGCCUUUCUCUAACCUUGAGAAAACAUAAUAAUGUAAUUAUUUAUAAUAUCUAAUUAGAAAAAACUAAUAAUUAUUAAGAAUCACCCAAUUUUUAAAAGAUAUUCCCUGAAUAAGAUGGUCUAGAAUCAGAACAAAUCAAUUUAAACUAAAGAAAUUAAGAGCUAUGA